AUGGCUCCCCGAGGUCCUCGAGCAGAUGCCGCCCAGCGAGCAAAUCGUGGUGCUACACCCAGAGCGAAGGCUACAACUAAGGGGGGCAUUCAAAAGAGGAGGGCUGGUGUAACAAGGACCGACGUGGAUGGCGAUCUUGACAUGGACGCCGUUGGUAAACAAGCUGCAAGAGCUAUGGGAACCGAAACGAAGGGUCCAAAAGCAAAAACAGCGAAAGCCGCCCCAGGGAAGUCCCUUCGAGGCACCUCGGCAACAGCUCAAGCAGUUUUGAAGCAUGUACAAGGGAAAAACUCCAGACUUCCUGCAGCCAGCUCAGGGCGGGUCACCCGAUCGAGGGGCAAGGGAGUCGACUUGCACUUCCUCCGCGUGCAUGGAUUAAAACAGAGCAAAGCAGCAAACAACCAGGACGGCGGACUUAGUGAUCUACUCAUCUUCUUGGAGAGAAAAGCGUCCUCAUUCACGGGAAAUCAAACACGACAAAUCAUGAUAAAAAAGUCUCACAUGGUUGGAGAUUAUGUCUUUAUCGGUGCUGCGAAGGAGGACGCGGAUGAGAUCCUUAAACUCAACACUUUCACAUUCGCCGGCGCACAACUGGAAAUUGUCGAAUCAACCGAGGAUUUGGCAGGCCAAAGUAAAGGAACAAGAUCCAAAGAGGGCCAAGAACUUGCAGCCAAGUUUCAGUCCAUUUUGAGUCAGCGGUAUAUUGGCGGCGCAAACAAAUUACUGAAACUUGAUGCACUUGCUUCUGAUGCCGCACUCGUCACAAUGGGCAUGUUUGAGAACCCAGAUCUUGCAUUAAGGUCAUUCAAGGGUCUUAUGGUCAUUUGUGAUGAGCUUUUUAAGACGGAGGAGGAGAAGAAGGAAGCUAUUGAGAGCAUCAGUCUUGCCAACAACAAUAUCAAUGACGUUGCUGAGGUUGAAACGGUAGCAACAACGUUCCCUCACUUGAAGCACCUGGACAUGAGUGGAAAUCAGAUCGCCAACGUGGCGGCCCUGGAAAGGUGGAAAGGCAAAUUCAAGUCACUAGAAACACUCUACAUGACAGGCAAUCCUAUCGAUACUACCGAUCCGAGCUACAAAACAACACUGUUGCAGUGGUUCCCAAAACUGCAGGAUAUCAACGGUGUGCGGGUCCGCACCGCCGAGCAAAUCGCUGAACAAGAAGCUGCAUCAAGGCCAAAGCCUAUCCCACAGAGUGGCCCAGACUUCCGCGAUGUGAACGGCAUUGGCGAGAACUUUCUCUUGGCAUUCUUCGCUGCCUACGACAAUGACCGACAAGGCUUGGCGUCUAGACUGUACGAUGAUCAGAGCCAAUUUUCGUUGGCCAUUGACACACAGUCCGUUAGGGACAAGGACGCCCCCGCUCCGAUGGGAUGGGCUUCAUACAUCAGGGUGUCUCGAAACCUGAUGAAGAUUACACAUCAAAAUGCCAGAGUUCAACGACUUUUCAAGGGUGCCAACGUCAUCUACGAAUUGUGGAAAGGUCUCCCACCAACGAAACAUCCCAACAUCAAGGACGACCUGAGUAAAUGGAUCAUGGACUGCCACCCACUACCCGGUCUUGCUGACCCUGCAGGCCAAAACCCAAUGGGCGUGGAUGGCUUGAUCGUAACGGUACAUGGAGAGUUUGAAGAAUACGACGAGAAGACGAACGUUGUUGGGAAGCGAAGCUUUUCACGUACCUUUGUUCUGGGACCUGGUCGGCCUGGCAAGGAGCCUAUUCGAGUCGUCAGUGAUAUGCUUGCCCUCAGAGCGUUCAAUGCGCUACCAAACGUCUUUCUUGCGCCGAAUCAGGCUCCUGUUGAUGGCAGUCACAACACCGACACCAACAGCCAACAUCAGGCCAUGGUUGCUGAACUAUGCAAACAAACUGGCAUGGUACCGCAGUAUUCGGAAAUGUGUCUGGCCCAGGUUGGGUGGGAAUUUGAUAAGGCAUUGGUGAUAUUCAACGAGAAAAAGGCGGGACUGCCAUCAGAGGCAUUCGCUGUACCACCUCAGUAA